UCCAAUUGGGCAAAUUACGUGUGUCAUCGAAUGGCUGAUGAAAACACAAGUUAUGAAUUUCGUUCGACCACGAUUAGUAACAUUCGACGUUACUGGAACAUUAUUGCAAACGAAAUUGGAGCAUUACAGGGAAAUUGGAGUGAAAUACGGUGCCCCGGAGCUCGAUCUACGACUGUUGGCGCCAAGUUUCAAAGAACAUUUUUCACGUUUGUCGAAUGAACAUCCGGUUUUUGGUAAACACACCGGUCUUGGCUGGCAGAAGUGGUGGAAGAAUCUUGUUUAUGGAGUUUUCCGGGAUCAACAUCCAGGAAUAUCCCACGAUGUACUGGAGAAGGUAUCACACAAUCUAAUAGAACUCUAUGGCACGAACAACUGUUGGCACUUGUACCCAGGGGCCAAGGACCUCCUGAGUUACCUGAACAAACAGGAUAUCGUAGUUGGAGUGAUAUCAAAUUUCGACGACCGUUUGGAGGGAAUCCUUGCGAGCACUGGCCUCCGAGACUAUUUUUCUUUCGUUCUGACGUCCUACAACUAUGGAUCCGAGAAACCAACCCGCAAGAUCUUCACUGAGGCGCUCAGAUUAGGCGAACAAGCGAGAGGAGAGGCAAUAAUACCCGGGGAGGCUGUACACGUUGGGGAUAAUUUCAAGUUGGACUAUGUUGGAGCAAAAGAUGCGGGAUGGUAUGCAUUCCUCAUGAUGCAUGACUGCGACACAAAAGACAAGUACAAAGAUAUUUCAGAGUUUGAGCUGUUUAGGGAUCUUGAUGAACUGAAAGAUCAUUUCAAGACGUUAUUGGAGUAGUUAUUUAAUUAAUCCUACAUCCCUCUAGUUAGACGAUUAGUUAUGAAUUUAAUGCAAAUUGCAAUCACUUGAAGAAUAAAAUUAUAAACUUCGAAACUA